UCGUGUGGGCCGGGCCACACUCAUUUCCGAUCCAUGGUGCUUGCUCCCCGAGGCAUCCACAUCGACGAAGAGAACUUCUACGUCACCGCUUUCUACCAUUUCGACACGACUCCACUCGGGCUUACUCCGCCGCUCGAGGACACGCCUCGUUCGUUGCACUACAAGACUCAGGACGCUUUGAGCGAAACUAAGCUCUGGCUAGAUGGGACAAAUAACUUCAUCAACAACUUGAAGAACGAAUACACCGUCCUGACGUUUUAUUGGAACUCCGAGGCAGAAUUCGCCGACGUCGGCCAGCAGUUACUGCUAUUGAAGGAACCGCGGCGGAUGAACAGGAAUACUAGGGGCAAAUUUGUGCCAGAGCGGUGUUUGCAGGAGCGAUUAAAGCCCACUGGUGAGCUAUGGGUGGAACCUCCCAUAACCCAACCCAAUAUGCCUACCCGGAGCUAUACAUUCGACAUCCGACCCGAUUGUUCCUAUUGGGUGUCUCUUGCCGGCUUCAGCUUGAAAUGGAGCUAUGCCGUGGAGUCGAUCGUGUCAAUACACCGCGACAGGCAAGGUCUCCUGUGUCCGUACCUAACCGUUGAAUUUAAAAAGGACGCUUCCACCAUGACCAACACAAUAGACCAAGUUGCGACAGCUGGGUCUCUAGCCCUCUACAACCGCUAUUUACUCCGCAAGGAACACCUCGACAAAGUCGGCAAGGGAUACACUGAGAAGAAGUGGAGAGUCGUCCGGCGCUAUGGUCUUACGUUUGAGGGAUCGAAAUUCAAAAUUUGGUGCAUUGAACCGACAAUCGAUUACACCAAUGGCACCUGGCACGGCUGCCGCAUGGUAAAACUGUCCGCGGGCGAAUGCACGGUUGGCGGGGGGUCAAUCGAGAACUUAAUUGAUUGGCUUAAUGAAGUUCAUGCCUGGGGGCUUAAGGUGCAUGGGCCGGCAUGUAUGUACGAUGUCAAGGUUGUCUUAUUGAGAUCCAGGGGCGCGCCACGAACAAGUCUAACGGAGGAGGAAUUAGAGAGAUUAAGUAGUUUAGAAUAAGGGGACUGAUAAUCUCACACCUCCC